UUUCCUAGUCUGUCCACGCAUCGCUAUGCAGGCGCCCAGAAGUGGAUUUUGGACGAAGGGAAAACAUUAAGAGAAAAACUAAAAGUUAAUUUGUAACCACUUCGAAGCGCUCAGCAGCUGCCAGAAAAGUUUUAACAACAACGCAAUGGCUGGACUCAAGUACAUGAGUGGCUUCGGGAACGAGUUCUCUUCUGAAGACCCUCGCUGUCCUGGAUCCUUACCCGAGGGACAGAAUAAUCCUCAGGUUUGCCCUUAUGGCCUCUACGCUGAGCAGCUCUCUGGCUCUGCCUUCACCUGCCCACGCCCAGCCAAUAAGAGGAGCUGGUUGUACCGCAUCCUUCCAUCUGUUAAACACAAGCCAUUCACCCCACUUCCCUGCGGGGAUCUAACAGAGAACUGGAAUGAAGUGGAGCCUGAUCCCAACCAGCUUCGAUGGCUGCCAUUCACCAUUCCCAAAACUACAGAGAAGAAAGUGGACUUUGUUGCUGGUCUACAUACCGUCUGCGGUGCUGGAGAUUCCAAAUCUCGUAGUGGCAUUGGUGUCCACAUGUACACCUGCAACACCUCCAUGGUCGACAGGUGCUUCAACAACUCAGACGGAGACUUUCUGAUUGUCCCUCAGCAGGGAGAGAUCUUGAUCACCACAGAGUUUGGGAAGAUGAUGGUCGAGCCGAACGAGAUCUGUGUCAUCCAGCAAGGGAUGCGCUUCAGAGUGGAUGUGUUUGGGGAAACCAGAGGCUACAUACUGGAGGUGUAUGGUGCCCAUUUUGAACUCCCCGACCUCGGACCAAUAGGAGCCAAUGGCCUGGCCAACCCGAGGGACUUCCUGUGUCCAGUUGCUUGGUAUGAGGAUCGCAAGGUGUCCACUGGUUACACCGGCAUCAAUAAAUACCAGGUGGAAGCUGUUUGCCUGCCAACAGAUUUCUCGCCAUUCAAUGUGGUCGCCUGGCACGGUAACUACAAACGCCUUACAAUACACCUGAAGAACUUCAUGGUUAUCAACUGUGUGGCCUUCGACCAUGCGGAUCCAUCUAUCUUUACUGUGCUGACUGCCAAAUCCACAAGACCAGGUGUUGCCAUUGCCGACUUUGUCAUCUUCCCCCCACGAUGGGGUGUUGCUGACCACACCUUCCGCCCACCGUACUAUCACCGUAACUGCAUGAGUGAAUUCAUGGGUCUGAUCAAAGGCCAUUAUGAGGCCAAAGAGGAGGGUUUCCAGCCAGGAGGGGCCAGCCUCCACAGCAUAAUGACCCCACAUGGCCCCGAUGCUGAGUGCUUUGAGAAGAACAGCACUGCUGAACUCAAACCAGAGCAGGUGGCUGAGGGAACCAUGGCUUUUAUGUUUGAGUCAUCUUUCAGCAUGGCGGUGACUAAAUGGGGUUUACAAACAUGCCAGAAGCUCGACAAGAAGUACUACCAGUGUUGGGAAGCUCUCCGCAGCCACUUUAACCCCAACUGGAAGCCCGGCAAACAGUAGAAAACCAGUGGUUUAGAAUACAUUUAGCCAAAAAUCGAAACAAAUGUUAUGCGAAAAUAAAAAUUUCACUUUAUAAAUGUAA